AAUUUACUGUGCAUCGGCGCAAGAAUAACUUCUCAAGACACUGCGAGAGCCUUGUUGAGGGUUCGCCGAGUGAACACGGAUGGAGAGGUUUUUGGACAUGAUUCUGAAACAUCCAGGCCCAUGAAAGACCUUCUCAAGAAGUCUCCCAAAUUAUUAGGGAAGAAGGGGUCUGAAUUAAUUCCAGAGAACUUUCUAAUUGAGGUUGAAACUGGCAAAGCCAUUGCAACAUCAGAGGAAUUAGAGAGAAAUACGUUGAAUGAAUUCAUGAUGGUUACGACACCACCCCCUGGAAGGGAUUUUGAGCCUCAGGCUCUGGCAAUCAAAACUGCGGAACAGCUCGACACACCCAAAUCUGGUACUCAGCAAACAAUACCUGGAAAACCCACAAAUGUAGAAGCAAUAGUUGGAGGCAGUGAAUCAAACUUAAGGUUUAAAAGAUUGAAAAGGGCACAAGACUCGACAGGGUCCCAGAACGACCAUCAGCUGGACAGCCAGAAAUCCAAUCAGUCAGGACAUUAUCUUAAAUUUGAAAAGUCAAAGAAUGCAAUUGAGCCUUUGGAUUUGACUCAACUGGCCCCACCCUUUCAAGUUGAAGAAGAUUGGAUAGUUCAAUGGGCACACAGGCUGGGAAUCGGACAAAAGGAGGAAUAAAUGACAAGUUUACUAUGGAUGAAAACCCUAAUGACUGUCAUAGGAAUUCAGCAGCAAUUAAUCAUGGACAACAUUGAUCUCUUCUCCGCAUUUAUCUCUGGAAAACAGUGGUGGACAAUCACCCUAUCAAAAUGAUAGCUAUAUCAGUAGCACAAUUUUUCAUGUCACUUUCUUUUUUAGGCCCUGUACCAUAGAUUAGCACCCCUGCCAAAUUU